CCGACCUGUGGACGGACACGUUGAAGAAGCGAUGCUUCAUGUCAGUCACCGUCCACUACGUCGACGACUCGUUCGUGCUGCACGCACGGACGCUGCGAUGCAAAGCGUUCUAUGCGGAACGGCACACGGCGGUGGCGAUCAAGACGGCGCUGAUUGAAUGUCUCGAAUCGUACCAGAUCCUGGACCCGGCGAAAUGCUUCGUCGUUUCAGACGACGGCUCCUACAACAUGUCCGCCGAGAACGGCGUGCGCUCGUCGUAUUACGGCUGGGGGCCGUGCCUUGACCACAAGCUGGCCUCCGUGCUGAGCACCGUUCUGUCGAAGACCACGGAGACCGUCAACGGGGUUCAAUCUCUGCCGUUCUACCGGAACUACGACUGCGCCAAGGACCUAUUCGACCUCAUCGACGACUGCAAGGCGUUGGUCGCCUACUUCAAGCAGGCAAAGCUGCAGUGUAAGCUGACCAAGAGCUUGAAGCAGGAGAACGCCACCAGUUGGAAUUCACUGCUGACCUGUCUGAACAGCGUCCUGGAGUCGUACGACGAGGUAGCGACGACGCUGUUCGAGCGGAAACAGCUUCAGAAGAUCGGCCGCAUCAACAAGCAAAACCUGGCGGACCUGGUGGAGUUCAUGGAACCGUUCCGCAUUGCAACGCUCAGACUCGAGGUGUUCAAGUCGCCCACGAUCCACACAGUCGUCUACGAGAGGCACGUCUUGUUGCAGCAUCUUGCCGUCCGGCAGAGCGACUCGGACGACAUUGCGGCCAUCAAGAUGCUGCUGCUGGAUCAGACGCAGGACGCCAAGUGGACUUUGGAGCCCAUGGUCAUUGUCGGCGCCCUCCUGGACCCCGGCUUGCAGAAGCGCCUGGCCAAGUUCGGCGUCACCCUUGCCCAAGAACAAGCAGCGAUCAAACAGCUGAGAGCCAUGAUGAUUGUUAUUGGGAAAUCACAAGCUGACCGCGCGGAAUACGAAGACGAGCGUCCGGCGAAGCGCCCUAGGUCCUCACGCACCGUCGACCCGUUCCAAGCGGCGAGCUCCAGUCGUUACUCAUCUUCGUCGGAGUCUGACGAAGAUGAGGACCGGGGCGCUCAAGCCCACGACGCUGCGUUGAGUCUGGAGGAUGAGGUCGAUCGGGAGCUGGCCGCUUACCGCCAAAUCAAAUUGUCCAAGGCGGAGAAGAAGUUGCUCGACACGAGCGACGGCAUUUUGACAUGGUGGCGAAUGCGCGGUACGUCUGUGCACGCGACGAUUGCUGCUCAGCUGCCGAUCAUGGCUCGCGUGGCACGGUCGGUGCUCUGCAUUCCUGCUUCCAGCUCCAUAGCCGAGUGCAACUUGUCCGCAGUCAGCAACACCUUCUGCAAGCGACGCACAAUGCUUUCGCCGUCGGCAUUGGACAAUUUCAUGGUCAUUCAGUCCAACCCGGACCUGUACUAGAGCCUAUUCGUCCCAAAAUAGUCGAUAAUAAAAGGACUCUGGACCAUUAUUGACUGCCAGACACUGCUUAAGUUCGAUCAUGUGCCGGGUAGUCGGCCGGGUAUAGGAUUUCAUGAAGGUCACCGGGUACGGGUACCCUCUGCAGGCAAUGGCUGGGCGGGUAAGAAAUAAAAACACGUUUGCGACCUCUGCCUCGCACGGGAGGGCUCCUCUGCUUACGAACACUCCGACUUACGCACAACUCGACUUACGACGUUUCGACUGCAACACGAGCAAUCGUCGACAGGUGGGAAAACCACAGAAAAAAAAAUUCUGCAAAAAAAAUUCAGAAAAACAUUUUUUUUUCUUGCUGUGGGUUUUCCCAACCUGAUGAUGAUUUAACACGUAGGCGAAUUGCCCGAUGAUGCUGGAUGCAAUUACCAGCGAAACGUCUUACUCAAAUUGUAAAUGUUGUGGUUUUGCGCUUCAACACACCGGUGGGCUAAAGCAGUGAACUAAUUUGUCUUUUGUCAACGUGACACUUUUUUACUGAUUGGCCGUGUCGGGUGGUGGAGGGUUACGACACAUUUAUACAUUACGCGAUCUAAACCCAAAAACGUUGAUUAUGACUGAUGAUGAUUGCUUGUGUUGAAGUCUAAACGUCAUGAGAAUUUUAUUGUUUUAUUUUCAUUAUUUUAUUAUUUCCCGUCUGCGUGACUUUACCGAAAGAACCAAGAAUACAAGCAAUCAUCAGGUGGGAAAACCACAGCAAGAUAAAACAUGUUUUUGCUGAAACAGAUGUGUGUGUUUAUGAUUUAACUCCACGUAAAACAGGACACUGUGAAUUUUGUUACAAUACAGUACCGUAUUAAAUUAAUUGGAAAAUA